GUCCAGCAGUCACAAGUGAAUGUUGCAGUCUGACUUUUGCAUACACUCAGCCUUCUUAAAGCGACGGGAAGCUAAGCAGAGCACGGACCCGUCAAAGCAGCCCCGCCAAAGCAGUUGACGCUUCCGUUGCUGCUGCCUACCUAAUCAGCACCUCUGCCUCACACCGCCAUCACUAACCAUUACCUCUGCUACCUAUCACCUCCAUCAUCAAAGACAUCCAGGCAGUUAAGGAAGCGAAGAAGCGACACUCGAGUACACCUAUACAACCACCCGCACAAAGGACAAUAUGCGCUCCAAGUUCAAGGACGAGCACCCCUUCGAGAAGCGUAAAGCAGAGGCCGAACGUAUCAGGCAGAAGUACGCAGAUCGCAUUCCCGUGAUCUGCGAGAAGGUUGAGAAGUCAGACAUCGCCACCAUCGACAAGAAGAAGUACCUCGUCCCCGCCGACCUCACCGUUGGCCAGUUCGUCUACGUGAUUCGCAAGCGCAUCAAGCUCAGCCCGGAGAAGGCCAUCUUCAUCUUCGUCGACGAGGUCUUGCCACCCACCGCGGCGCUGAUGAGCAGCAUCUACGAAGAGCACAAGGAUGAGGAUGGGUUCCUGUAUAUCACCUACUCCGGCGAGAACACCUUUGGCGAGGCAUAAGCGCGCUGUCAUUACGAACUUGAACCUAUGAUGAUGAACUACUAUGCGCGACCUUGGCCUGCGGAGGAGGAGGAGUUCUUAUGACUUCCGAGGCGUUAUUCUGAGAGGCUUGGGUGCGCGAGACAGUACGGCCCACAAAGCAGCAAAGCGGGGAGGACAGCAUGAAAAGCCUAAAGAUCUUUCUAGCCCUGCCAACAUGCGGACCAGGCAGGCCAUGGCUGAUGCUGUGCUUUUCAUGGCAAACGUAAACUAGCAGGCCGAGCGCUCAUAGCUGUCAAUAGCGUCCUCCUCGUCACGCACUCAGCCGCACUGUGCAGG